AUGGAAGAAUAUGAGGCAGCUGGUAUAAGGUAUGAAUCGAUUNNNUGUAAGGGUGAACUUCUUGUAGCAGUUGGAAGAAAUGGAAACAAUCAGAUGUUUCCUAUAGCCUGGGCAGUUGUGGACAAGGAGACUAAACAUAGCUGGAGUUUCUUUAUCAACUACUUGAAAGUGGACCUGCAGUUGGGUACUGGACAGGGUCUUACUGUAAUGUCAGAUAUGCAGAAGGGUCUUCAAGCAGCUAUUGGUGAACUGCUGCCAAAUGCUGAAGUUAGAAUGUGUGCUAGACAUAUCUGGUCUAAUUGGAGUAAAAGAUGGAAGGGAGAGGAAAGGAGAAAACAAUUUUGGAGAUGUUCGAAGGCAACUUUUGAAGUGAAGUACAGUGAGGAGCUUUACAAAAUGAGCAGACUUGGUAAUGAAAUUAAUGAUGAUUUAUUGCAUUAUCCACAAGUGUCAUGGGUUCGAGCAUUCUUUCAAGAGCAUUCCAAAUGUGAUGCAGUUGAAAAUAACAUGUGUGAAACCUUUAACUCAUGGAUCUUAUCAUGUAGACACAAAUCUAUAAUAACCAUGUUGGAGGAAAUUAGGAGAAAAUUAAUGACUAGAACUGUGGAUAUGGUUAAGUUUGCUGACACAUGGAUAUGUGAUAUUGCACCUAUGGCUAGACUUAUGUUGGAGGAGAAUAAGGAAAAGUCUAGGGCAUGCAAGGUGCUGUGGAAUGCUGAUGUUGGAUUUGAGAUUGGAGAAGGGCAGUAUAGGCAUACAGUCAACUUGACUAAUAGAGUUUGUAGCUGUAGAACUUGGCAAUUGAGAGGUAUUCCAUGCCAACAUGCUAUUUCUGCUUUGUAUCACAUAGAACAGGAACCUGAACCACUUGUGGAGCAUUGGUAUAGGAAGGAUACAUUCUUAAAGGCUUAUAGUCAUUUUAUUCAACCAAUUUCAAAUAUGAAGAUAUGGCCUGAAACUAACAAUCCAAGGAUUGAGCCUCCUGAACCUAAGCAAAUGCCUGGUAGACCUCCAAGAAAUAGAAGAAAGAGUAAAGAUGAAUCAAGAAAGAAGUAUGGAAAGAUGUCCAAACAAGGGUUGAAAAUUACUUGUUCCAAGUGUAAACAACAAGGCCACAACAAGAAAUAUUGCAAGGUAAAAUAA